AUGAGUGAGUCUUAGCUAAUUGAAAAGCUUCAACAAUAUGGUAGCAAGAAAGGAAGGUAUGAGAAUGAUCUAUUAAAUUCAUCUCAAGAAUGUAGCUAUAAGAUUAGCACAAGUCCUAGAUUUCAUAAAUAUCAUUAAUCUCCUGUCAUUCAUCAAUCUCCUGCUAAUGUUUCAUCUUCAUUGGAGCAUUAUCCUUUUGAUAAAGAAGAAAUGUAAAUAAAAGAUCCUUAAGGUGAAAUACGCUUUUUACUUAAUAUCAUAGAUUAAUUGUAAUAUGAUUUAUAGAUAUAAUACAAUGAUAGUGAGUUAAUUAAAAAGAAGUAUUAAGAAUUACAAUAUUAAGUUCAGAAGAUGCAAAGUAAUGUUUAUAAAGAGUAAGAAUAAUAUGAAACAAAACAAUACUGUGAUUAAUUGGAAAAAUAAAACAGAUAAUUAAAUAAUGAAAAUAAUACACUAAAAAAGAAUUAACAAGAGGUUUAAUAAAAAUAUCUUGAUUGCUAAAAGGAUUUAGAUAAUUUAAAAUUAAAUGCAUCAGAAUUAUUAAUAUAAAAUGAAGGAUUAUACUCAUUAUUAAAUUCUUUAAAAGAAAAACAUUAAUUUGAUAUUGAUAGUCAAGCUAAACAUUUUGAACUAAUAAAUCAAAAAAAAAUAGAUGAUGAAAUAAAUGUAGUUCAAAAAUAAUAUAAAAGAGAAAUUGAAACAUAAAAUUCUAUUUCAGAUUCAUAUAAAAAUAAAAUUGAAGAUUUAACAAAUGAAUGCUAAAUUAAAUCAAAGAAGUUAAGUUAAUAAUAAGAGAUUAAUUUAAAAUAAGAAUUAGAAAUUGAAAUAUUAAAUGGAAAAUUAAUUAGAUAUUAAAAAUUAGAAUAAGAAUUAGUUGAUAUUGAUACACUAUUUCAAUAAAAAAGCAGAACUUGUUAAUAAUUAGUUUAAGAAAAUUAAAAAUUAGGGGAAGAAUUAAAGAAUUAAAAAUAAUAAAUAUAAUAAUUGGAUUCAUCAUUUAAAUUAUAAUAGAAUCUUUUAGAAAAAGAAAGGAAUGAUUAUAUUGAGAGAAUUAAAUAAUUAUAAAAAUAAUUAGAUGAAUUAUAAAAUGUUAAUAAUGAAUUUAAGAAAAAGGAAUUGGAACAAUAAAGAUUGUUAAAUAAAUUAUCUGAAUAUGGAGAUGAAAAUAUUAGAUUAUUAGAAUAAAAUACUUUCAUUUUGGAUAAGACUAAUGACACAGAGACAUUAAGAGUUAAUUAUAAGAAUUUAGUUAAAAGAUAUUAUCAAUUAAAAAGUGAAAAUGAUGGAUUAGUAUAUUCAAUAAAUUAACACAUAACUAAUAGUGCUAUUUUAUAAAGAUAGUUAUAAAAUGCAAUAAUUGAGAAAAAUGAAGUCAUAACAAAUCUUCAUUAUACCUAAUAAUAAUUACUUAAUUUAUAAUAUUCAUUAAGUCAUUGA